AUGAAGACAUAUAAAUAUCUAAAUAAAUGUGUUCCCUCUUUGUAUUUAAAAAAUAUCAAUAAUAAAGGAUAUUCAUUUUUAUUUUUAAAAAAAAAACGGCAUUUCAACAAUUUCAUACCACGUUACAAAAAUUUCAACAACCUUUUUGAAUGCAUAGAAAUAAAUGAUUACAAUUAUAAUACCAUAAUAAAAAAAGAGAAAAGUAUUUUACUAUAUGCAUAUGCUGAUUAUUCAUAUGUGUCUUUAAAUUUUUUUAAUAAGUUAAUGGAUGUUUUUCAAGAGCAAGGCAUUAUAGAGCAAAUAAAUACUAAUAAAAAUAAGAAAUUGCCUUUUUUUAAAUUAAAUAUAAAUAAUAAUAAUAUAUUAGUGCAAAAUUUUCACAUAAAGUCAAUUCCAUUAAUACAACUACGAUAUAAAAAUAAACUGGUUUGUGAAAUAUCAGGAAAUGGAUUAAAUAAUAAAAAUGAAUUAAAAGAAAUAUUACGAAGAUAUCAUAGUUAUUUUACCCCCUUAAAUUAUGUUUGCAAUAUAAAUGAUUUUCUCCUUAGAGAAGAUGAACUCUUAAAAGAGGAGGACAGUUCAGAACAGCUACAAAAUUACAAAUCGAAAUCAAUAUCCAAUGAUAUAAAUAAAGAAACUAUCCCUUUCGAAAUUGAAAAUGUUUCUAAUGAUAAAAAUGAUGCUAAUCAUAGUAUAAUUUUAAAUGGCCAUAAUAAAAUAACUUAUGAAGGGCACACACUAACCCAAGAUGGGAUAUUAAGCAAUAUACACAUAAAGUAUGAAUGCUCUAGUUAUGUUACAUUUAAAAAAUUAGAAAUGUUAAUAAAUCAAAAGAUAAAAAAUCUCGAUAAUAUUAAAUUGUUAUUAAAUGAAAUAUUUAAUAAUCACAUUUCGUACAUAAGCAUAAACGAGCAUUAUAGUAAAAUAGCAACAAGAGGAUUUCUGUGCUUAUUUGAAAAUAGUAGCAUUAAUGAUACCCCUGAAAACGGCAUUGAAAAUUUUUUAUCGAUUGAAAAACUCAUUGAAUUAAAAAAAAAUAUAGAAAAUAGUAAUGCCCUGAAUAGCAUAAGAAAUGAUUUAAAGUUAAUUAAUUUUAAUGAACCAAUUAUGUCUUUAGACAAUUUUAAAAAUAUACAUUUAAAAAAAAUUAAAAACAUUGAAGAAUUAUUAUCAGGAAAUAUCGAUAAAAAUAAAAUCAGCACACUUAUAAAUGACCCUAAUAUUACACACAAAGAAAACCAUAUAGUUAAUAGUACAAAUAAAAUCAAAAAAAAUAAAGAAAUAGAUAAUAUAAAAAUAAUUUAUUUAAGUAGGAUAUAUAGAAUAUUAGCUAUAAAAUAUUUAGAUAUAAAGCAACAUGAUAAUUCUAUGGAUUGUGCUUUAGAAUCAUAUAAAUUAACUUUUCCUCUAAAAAAUAUAGAUACAAAAAAAUCAAAAAUACUUAUUGAAAAUUUGAUUUUAUAUUUAGGCGCAUAUAAUUCCAGUGUUAUAACAUUUUUAAGCAAAUUACAAUUUUCAUUUACUGAUAAAAUAUUUAAAGUCGUUAAAUUUCCACACACGCGCGCAAUUAAAGGUGGAAGACCAAUGAUGAAAAGAGGAAAAUCAGGAAAAUGGCUUUGGUUAAGUCAAGAUUGGAAACCAAGAUGGAUAAAAAAAAAAACAAAACUAAUUUUAGAAGAAGAAUGGAAAUGUGUACCCGAUAAAAAUGUACCAUUUUGGAACUAA